AAAAAUUCUCUGAAACUACUGGACUAAAUUAAUCCAAACUUGGCCACAAUCAUCAUUGGGGUAUCUAGUUUAAAAAUGUGUCCAGUGAACUGGCCAACCAACCAAAAUAAUUAUGUGAUUUUUUGCCAACAUAUAUAUUUGAUGUUUGAUUUAUUGUUUGCAUUUUCUGUUUUCAGCUGUAAGCCAGAAGAUUUUGUAGCAGUUCAUCUUUCUGCAAAAAAGAAAAAUAACCAAGUGUUUGUAGCAAAGGUUCUACAAGUUGAUGAGGAAAUCCAAGUAAGAUUCUUGAAACAAGUAGUUGGUGGUGCCUACAUAUAUACAUGGCCCGUGAAGGAUGAAAUUUAUUGGCAAUCAGCGCAGGAUAUUAUCAAAAAGCUGUCACAACCAACACUUCUUCCAGGAAGAGGCCUGAGAUUGCUUUUCAGCAGUGAAGAACUAGAGAUUUGCAAGAGAAUCUCUGUUUCAAAAUAAUCAACUAAAACAAUGUUGUACUGAUGACAUUUUGUUGUGUUCAUUUUGUUUGUUAAAAAUGUUAAAAUUUGUUUACUAUAAUGUUCAAUAUUUGUGAGAACUUCAAUGUUGGUAACAUUUUAGACAUAGUUACUUGUAAUAGAUUAGUAUUAUUCCAUGCUUUAUGUCUUUGAGCAUAUCAUUCAUAAAAACUUUUGAGAUUUUAUCAUAAAAUUUGAAAAUUAAUUUUCAAUUUAAAAAAAUGUCAGGAGUGUAACAUAUGUCAAUUCAAUUUUUCUAUGUCAUUUACAGCUGUUUACAGUAUCAACUAUUUCAUAAGUUAUAAGAAAUGAAAACAAACAACAUAAAACACUAGUUCAAAUAUAUAAAUAAAUUAAAA